AUGAGAUUCAGCUCGUUGCUUGCGAACGCCGCCGCCGGGUUGGCGAUGACGCAGGAGAAGUACGGCAGCGAGGAACCGGGCGCAGAAGCUUAUCAGACCGCGGUGAGCUUGCGCACCGCUCAACGCGCCGAGGGCUUGUCGACACAGUUUCUUGCCAAGCGUGCAGAGGGUCUACUCAUUAUGACAUAUCUGCAUGUCGUCGAGGACGCGGCUCAUAGGAGGUUUGUCACGGACAAGAUAAUUGACGACCAGGAGCAGAUAAGAGUCCUAAACGAGACUUUUGCACCCCACAACAUCCAAUUCGUCGUCAGGGACGUCACCCACACCGUCAACGAUGCCUGGACCGUCCAGGCCCGCAUCAAGGAGAAGGCCGAGGCCCUCCACCAGGGCGCCUACGACGAUCUCAACAUCUUUGAGACAGGGCUCAUGAAGCCCAACUCCGUAACCGGCCUGUGCAGUUUUCCAGUUGAGGAUCCCUGGAACACGGGUAUCAACGGCACCUCGCGGUACACGUAUGACGGCUGUCACGUCAGCGUCGACACCAUGCCCGACGGGCCCGGCGUCCCCUGGGGUGUGGGGGACAACCUGGGCAAGACGGCGACACACGAGGGGUUUGAUUGCGACGGCGAGGGGGAUCUGAUCGACGACACGCCCCCGACAAAGGUUGCUACGGUAGGGUGUCCUCUAGCCCAGGAUUCGUGUCCCGAACAUCCCGGAUUAGAUUCAGUUUACAAUUCUAUGGAUUACACCAGGCACGCGUGGGAAGAUUGCGACUUCUCCUCCACUCAUCUCAUGGGGAUUGAUGAUUCCCUGACAAGAAACAGUCUUUCGGAGUUUACGACUUUGUAGGAGGAGCGAAUGUAUCGGUCCUUCAAUGCCCUGAGACUCGGGAGAUGACAAUUGUAAUUUGUAUUAAUGCAUUAACACAAUGUCGGGAGCGGCUUCGUGUGGCGAGUACUUGGCCAAUGGCUGCCCGUAAUUAAUGAAGAUUCGUUGCAUCAGCCGGAUGACUUGACGGAAGAAACAGGCAGUAACAAGUCAGCAUACCGCCGCCAAAAUCUUCAACAGAAUUCUGUUUUUGAAUACCAACAACCGGGAUCAUCCCCAACGCCGAAGCUUUCCUCUCUGACUGGCAACAUGGGGACCGGCCAUCCCAAAUACAGACGCCGUAGCACAGUUGGUCAUUACAAAAGGUCUCUGGAGGUAUUGAGAGA